AUGACAGCUCUUGGAAAUUUUGGAAUCGUUGGAUCUCUAGUGCGGUCAUUUGGUCUCGCACGUGGUGCAGGGGCUCAGAUAUUCAAUCUUUUGCAAAAUGUUCCUACAAUUAAUCCUUUGUUAGACAAAGGAUUCGUACCGCAUACAGCUGAAGGGACUAUCGAGUUAAAGAAUGUGGUGUUUCAGUAUCCGUCCAGACCGGAUGUGCCGGUGUUGAAAGGUGUCAGCUUGAGUGUGAAACGCGGGCAGUCGGUUGCUCUAGUCGGACAUUCAGGAUCAGGGAAGUCUACGGUCAUUCAGCUUAUAUCUCGAUACUACGAUGUGGUUAGCGGUAGUGUGUGUGUGGAUAAUAUAGAUGUUCGCGAGCUAUCAGUUCGGUGGCUGCGGUCUCAGAUAGGGCUGGUGAGACAAGAGCCGGUGUUGUUCAACAACACAGUGCGUGAAAAUAUCCGCUACGGACGCGAUGACGCUACGGAUGAAGAGAUUGAAGCCGCUGCAGAGAAGGCAAACGCUCACUACUUUAUUAUAAAACUACCCAAGGGCUACGACACGCUGGUAGGUGAGCGUGGUGCGUCAUUAUCCGGUGGGCAGAAGCAACGCAUCGCAAUAGCUCGCGCCCUGGUCCGUGAACCCCGACUCCUGCUGUUGGACGAGGCCACUAGUGCGCUCGACACUGCCUCCGAAGCAAAAGUGCAGCUUGCACUCGAUAAGGCUGCGGAAGGUCGCGCAACGGUGGUGGUUGCUCACAGACUUUCCACAAUCCGGCACGUGAGCCUUAUAUACGUGUUCCAAGGAGGAGAAAUUGUGGAGAGUGGAAACCACGAUGAGCUUAUGGCGAACAAAGAACAUACCAUACUCAGAGAAGAGUCUGGGAUAUCAGAGACUAGCAAAGAAGAUAUGAUGGUUCAAGCGGUAUCAUUCGGUGUCGCCGGCGCACAUCUCACAGAAAGGCUACGGACACAGAUGUUCGAACAUUUGCUUCAGCAGCAUAUUAGUUUUUUUGACGAGCGACGGAACUCAACCGGCGCAUUAUGUGCUAAACUCUCUGCUGAGGCCUCUUAUGUACAGGGUGCAACAGGUCAGCGUAUCGGCACAUGUUUGCAAGGCAUCGGAUCUGUCGGGCUGGCUCUGGUGCUUGCCAUGCUGUUUGAGUACCGCUUGGGGCUGGUCGCGCUUUGCUUCCUGCCCCUCAUAAUCAUCGUCAUACAUCAACAGAUUAAAGCCACUCGAAGAGAAUCUUAUGGAAACGCCAAGGCGUUGGAAAGCAGCACCAAGAUAGCAAUAGAAGCGGUGUCGAAUGUGCGCACUGUUGUCUGUCUUGGUCGAGAGCGUAUGUUCGUCAAUGAGUACGUGAAACAGCUGGAACCAGCUCUCGCCGAUGCGAAGAAAGCUGCUCACUGUCGCGGCUUAGUCAAUGGACUGUCGCGCUCCAUUUUCAACUUCAUUAAUGCCGCUUCGCUUACUUACGGAGGGCAUCUCAUAGUGUCUGAAGGAGUCGCUUACGAAAAUAUUUUGGUGACCACCCAAUCGUUGCAAAUGGCGUCGGGUCAGAUGCAGAAUGCGUUUACUUUCACACCCGAGUUGGAGAAGGGUGUAAAGAGAGGUAAAAAAAUCGCUUUGGUGGGACGCAGUGGUUGUGGCAAGAGUACUGUCAUCCAACUUCUGCAAAGAUUCUACGAUCCUGAUUCCGGAGCCGUUGGUUAUGAUACGAACAUUGGUGCGAAAGGCAUGCAGUUAUCGGGUGGACAAAAACAAAGGGUGGCUAUUGCCCGAGCGCUGAUUCGACAACCACAGAUCCUAUUGCUCGACGAAGCCACUAGUGCUUUGGACACCGAAAGUGAAAAGGUAGUACAAGAGGCAUUAGACGCAGCGACGGCCGGCCGUACGUGUAUCACUAUCGCGCACCGGUUAAGCACUAUCCGUGACGCCGACCUUAUUUGUGUGGUUGCCAAGGGCCAUGUAGCCGAAGCGGGCACCCAUCAGCAGCUUCUCGACCUCAAAGGACUCUAUUAUGAUCUCCACGCAAACACUAAAUAA